AUGAUCUCAACAAGUCAAGUGUGGUCCAUAGAUGUGACUCUUAUUUUGAAAGCAGGAAAGCGGAAGUAUCAUUUGUUACGCAGAGCGUAGCUUGACAUCGAGGCUGGAAGCGGGAGAGCGGUGGGGGAGCUGAGGCAGGUAAAGGUGUGUAUGUGUGCGCGUGUGUGUGUGUCUGUCCGUCUGUUUAUGAAUGUGGGGAAGACAAGAAGGGGUGACGGCGUGAAGAAGUGACGGAGAGGGGUGAAAGGAGGACAAAGGACCCGACUGAGAGGAGGAGAAGGAGCUGGAAAGAGAGAAGGAAUAAGGAAAGAGGGAAGGAUGUCGGAGAGGAUAGCUUCAUGUGGGAGCUUAUACGACAGCACCAACCUGCUGCUGCAAUACUGCAACAACGAUGACACGGUGUCAGCCAGCAGCAACAUGGACAUGGAAGACCGGGUUUCCCAUCUGGAGCAGAGGCUGCAGCUGCAGGAGGAUGAGAUCCAGCUGCUGAAGGCGGCUCUGGCCGACGCUCUGCGCCGACUGGGCUACUGCGAGGAGCAGAACCUGGGGCCGCAACCGGGAGGCGUCCAUGCUGCUGGGAGGAGACCUCUGGCCACCACAGCUUCAGCACAGCCUACCAAGGUGCGUCAGCUCCUGCAGGCUCUUCCCUCCAGACCUCUGAGUAAUGGCUAUGCUCAACAGAAACGCCUCCUCUCCUCCCCUUCAUCUCCCAAGAAAGAGGUGCUGCAGUCUAUUAAAAGGAAGAGUAUGUCCACAGAACGUCUCACCUUAGUAAGGAGAGAGAUGGGAGCGGAGAGUCGGAGUCGAACAACCUCAUCCAGCAGCUCAUCAGGCGGAAAAAGCAAAUCCAAAGAAUGCACCUUUAAUGCAGAGGACGGCUAUGUGAGGAUGUUUCUCCGAGGUCGUCCUGUCACCAUGCACGUCCCUGACCAGCAGAGGGAGAGCUACAGCCUCGACCAGAAGGUGGCGCUGCCUGACCGCAAGCUCAAACUGCAGUGGGUGUAUGGCUACCGCGGUCGUGACUGUCGCUCCAACCUCUACCUGCUGCCCACGGGAGAGAUCGUCUACUUUAACGCCUCUGUGGUGGUUCUGUACAACACGGAGGAGCAGCAGCAGAGACACUACUUGGGCCACAACGAUGAUGUCAAAUGCUUGAGUGUGCAUCCUGAUAUGGUUACCAUAGCAACAGGGCAAGUGGCUGGAAACUCUAAAGAUGGAAAGCUGCUGGCUCCUCAUGUUCGUGUCUGGGACUCAGUGAGUCUCAACACGCUCCAUGUCAUCGGGAUGGGAACGUUUGACAGAGCGGUCACCUGCGUCGCUUUCUCCAAAUCAAACGGAGGCACCUUCCUCUGUGCUGUGGAUGACGCCAACGAUCACAUCCUGUCGGUCUGGAACUGGCAGAAAGAGAAGCAACUAGCUGAGGUCAAGUGCUCCAAUGACUCAGUACUGGGUGCCGUGUUUCAUCCCAUGGACACAAACCUGAUUGUCACCUGCGGAAAAUCUCACAUCAACUUCUGGACGAUGGAGGGCAACACUCUCACUAAGAGACAAGGCCUGUUUGAGAAACAUGAAAAGCCAAAGUACAUGUUGUGUGUGGCGUUCGCUGAGAACGGAGACGCCAUCACAGGAGACUCCAGUGGAAACAUCUACGUCUGGGCCAAAGGUGGUAACCGAAUCAGCCAGGUGGUGUCAGGAGCCCACGAGGGAGGGAUUUUCUCUGUUUGUGUCCUGAAGGACGGGACCUUGGUGUCUGGAGGAGGGAAGGACCGCAGGGUGGUUCUGUGGGACCACGACUACAGAAAACAGGCGGAGAUGGAGGUGGGCGAGUCGUUCGGUCCUGUUCGGGCUCUGGCUGAAGGUAAACCAGGAGAGCUCUUCAUAGGAACCACCAAGAACGCCAUCAUCAGAGCCGCCUUCCCUAAUACAUUAACACCUAUUGUACAGGGUCACACAGAUGAGCUGUGGGGUCUGGACAUCCAUCCCUCCAUGGAGCAGUUUGUCACCUGUUCCCAGGACAGACAGGUUCACCUGUGGGACACCAACUCCCAUCAGCCCCUCUGGAGCAAGACUAUCGAGGAUCCUGGGAGGUCUGCAGGUUUCCAUCCCAGUGGGGCUGUUCUGGCAGUGGGGACCAUGUCUGGAAGGUGGUUGGUGCUGGACACUGACACCCGGGAUCUUGUUUCUAUGCACACAGACGGCAACGAGAUCAUUUCCAACGUGAAGUAUUCUCCAGACGGUAACUUCCUGGCUGUCGCUUCCCAUGACAACUUUGUUUACAUCUACGCUGUGGCGGAGAACGGCAGAAAGUACAGUCGUGUGGGGAAAUGCACUGGCCACUCCAGCUUCGUCACCCACUUGGACUGGUCAAGCGACAGCCAGUACCUCGUCACCAACUCAGGAGACUACGAGAUCCUCUUCUGGGAGGCAUCCAGUGGUAAACAUGUCACCAACAUGGACACUAUGCGCAACCUGGAGUGGGCCACUUCCACCUGCACUUUGAGCUUCAACACCUUCGGGAUAUGGCCAGAUGGAGCAGACGGCACAGACAUCAACGCCGUGUGCCGGUCACAUGACGGAUCCCUGCUGGCUUCUGCCGAUGACUUUGGCAAAGUGCACUUGUUCUCCUUCCCCUCCUCUCAACCAAGGGCUCCAAGCCACGAGUACGGUGGCCACAGCAGUCACGUGACCAACGUUGCCUUCCUGCACGACGACAGUCACCUGCUCUCCACUGGCGGGAAAGACACCAGCAUCCUGCAGUGGGUGGUUGCCUAGGCAACACCAUACAUCCACAUUGCUAAUCCCCACAGGCGGGGACCAGCAUCCUAUCUGACCCCUGUCACCUCUUCACUGUUCUAGUCUCCUGCCCACUAGGGGGCAACACCUACUCUGUGCCUACUGGAAAUUAAAAAAAAAAACAAAAACAAAACAACAACAACACAUACAACUUGACAGACCCACAGAUGUCACGCCAGAUGAAAUGAUGAGAGUGUUGUAUUAUUGUUGUAAAUGGAUUAUUUAGUGUCCUGCUGUUUGUAAUAGAAUGUAGAGAAGAGCACUCGUUGCCACACAGGAAGUGAAUCCUAACCGUUCCCGAAACAAAAACAAAAAAAAAUAAUAAUUAACUACUGCACCGGCUGGAUGCUGCUGCUGGUGACCACACAGUAAACCUGUGAUUUUAGCAUUAGUACUAACUGUGCCUAAACUGUAUUUAUCUUAACCCCCUUUAAUGGGAAUUCCACCUAUUUUAGUGUCUUGGCUCUUUAAUUACAAAUCAUGCAUACUUUACAUUUUUGAGUGCAUUUUACACAGUUAUAGUUAGGGCUAUAUUUAUAUUUUAGGGUUUAAUAUUAGGGUAUUUUUUCCUACCAUAACAGGCAGCUAUUGGUUUCCAUUCAUUUCUGUACAGUAUGAAAGAUAUUUGAAACUUGCUUCAGGUGGGUAAUCAAAUCAGUCUGCAAUAUAACUGCAUUACUACUCAACAAGAAUGUAAGAUAGACAAAAAAUAAUGCAACUGUAAUGGAUUACACAGCUAAAUUAUUUUACAGUAGAGUUUCAUGCAGUACUGAAUGCAUGGAAACCCAUGGGAGUCCUGACACUGAGGAGAAAAAUACUUCCAGUUAUCUGUAACUUAGUUUGCAAAAUGGUGAACUGAGAUGUAAAGUAUACGUGAUUUGAAAUAAAACACGCCUCUCUCGUGCAAACAUGAUUCUCAUCGACAUGGACGGCUCUUUCCUGAAGCGAUCAUAGAAGAUAACCUCGAACUUGUGCAGAACUUGUGCAGGCAUGUCAAGAAAAAAACAACUGAAUGUAACCUCAUCAAGAUGUGACAUUUAAAAAAAAACAACAAAAAACAGUGUUCCAGUCUAUCAGCUUCUAGCUUUCACAUAGAGUGAUGCAUGUUUGUGAGAACUAACUGACUUGUCCUGGAGCAAAGGAAUACUGUAUGACAACUCCUAAAAUAGGUGGUAUUUCCCUUUAAAAUCUUUACUAAAAUCCCACUGCCUUCUGACACUUUUCCAUCCCUCAGCCUGAUUUCCAAACUCUUAAGGUGCAGAUUGUAAGUAUUACGGAUUGCUGCUGGGAGAUUGUAAACGGUACAAAGUGUCUUUUUUUUUUUUUUUUUUGUCCCAAGCCUCUCAUUUCACCCCCGUCCCUUCCCGGGCUGCUGUGUUUUUAUGAUUGUAUUACUACUGUAACUGUGCUGAAAAGGCACUGGAUGGCGCUACAGUGCAAGAGAAUGAGCAUGAGCGAGGCUGCCCUCCUCCUGUAGAUGAUGUUAAUGUCGCAAAGGUCUAUAGAGUAAAUAUAUAUAUUAUGCAGUAUAUCCGAGUGGCUGUGUUAUUUUAAUAUUAAACUGUAACAAUGAUGGAUGUUGUUAUUAUUCUUGUGGCACUUUUAGCGAUUGACAGACGGGUGAUGUUGGCUACUGUGCUGUAGAAGUGAGCUUGAGCUGUGCUUUGCCUUCUUCUGGUUUGUUAAUAAAGUUUUUACCCAAGUA